AUGACACUCAACACCUGUGAGGACACACAGCUGAAACACAUCAGGGGAAAUGAUAAACUGGGAAACCAGGGGGUGCAGGAACAGAAUCAGCCACCAGAGGCACAAUCCCAGCACUAUCAGUGUAUGAAUGAGAAUGAGCUUCAAGGUUUCCUUCAGGAGAACAAGCACUUGAGUCUUCAGUGGUUCAACAGCAGCCACAAAGCAUCCGAGUAUGAAAAGGUGAAGUCAGAGUAUGUGCAGCUUAAAGAGGCCCUUGGUGUUGUGACGCAGGAGAGAGAUUUAGCCCUUUGGGAGAGGAACCAGCUCCAAGGCAAACUGGAGAACUUAGAGCAGGUGCUCAAGCAUAUGCGCGAGGCUGCAGAGCGAAGGCAGCAGCUAGAGUUGGAGCAUGAGCAGGCCCUGGCUGUACUCACUGCAAAGCAGCAGGAGAUUGACAUUCUUCAGAAGGCUCAGGUUGAAGCUAAGAAGGAACAUGAAGGUGCGGUCCACCUGUUAGAGAACCACUUGGACAGCAUGCAGAUGCGCUCAGUGCUCAGGUCCAAAAACCAAAACCUCAGUCUUGCCAAAGUCCGCGAGCUGGAGGAGAAAUGUCGGUCUCAGAGUGAGCAGUUCAACCUCCUGUCCAAAGAGCUGGAGAAGUUCCGGCUCCAGGCUGGGAAGUUUGACAUCCUCAGCUGUGAGUCCUUAACUGUGCGCGAGUCGCCCGGAUCCCCCAACAAAUCCUUAUCACAGCUCCUUAAUGGACUGGCUGCACCAACGGAGAAAGGAAAUGAGGCUCCAACAAGCAGAUCUUUGAUAUCCGAGUUUAUCCGACCACUCCAGAUCAGUGGGGACAAACCCGAGCUCCUUUCUGUCAAGCCAACAUUCCUCAGUCGCAGUCGGGCCAGCAGCCCAGCACGAGCGUUCCUCUCUGAGAUCGGUUACAAUCCAUACGAUGGGCCCAAUGAGCAUCCAGAAGCAGAGCUCCCCCUGGUGGCCGGGAAGUACCUCUACAUUUACGGAACAAUGGAUGAAGAUGGCUUUUUUGAAGGAGAGCUGUUGGACGGACAGAGAGGACUUGUCCCAUCCAACUUUGUGGACUUUGUUGACAAUGAGGACAAGCCUCCUGUCCAGCACAGGGACACAGUAGAUAAAGAAACUGGUUACCUCAACCACAGUAGCCUGGGGCCUCAGCGGCUUUUGGCUGGUGCUGGAACAAGAACUGGCCUAAGCAGCCUGCUGCCUGAUGGUAAACUCGACUGUCUGAGCACCAGCAGCUUGGGCGUGGACCUCCUGGGCUCCUCCAGCAAUGGGACAGGAACCUUGAACGUCAACAUUGAUGAGGUCGGUGAAGACAUUGUGCCUUAUCCACGCCGCAUCACCCUGAUUAAACAACUGGCUAAGAGUGUGAUUAUUGCCUGGGAUCCUCCUGUUGUCCCACCAGGAUGGGGCUCCAUCAAUGGCUACAAUGUACUGGUUGAUAAGGAGGUUCGGAUGAGUGUCCCCUAUGGGGGUAGGACAAAAUCUCUUAUUGAAAAGCUCAAUCUUGUCACAAACACUUACCGGAUCUCCGUGCAGAGCAUCACGAAUCGAGGCCCGUCCGACGAGUUGCGGUGCACUCUCCUCGUUGGAAAAGAUGUGGUGGUGGCACCUUACUACCUCCGGGUGGACAGCAUCACGCAGUGCUCUGCUGAGCUCUCCUGGAUGCCCAGCAACAGCAACUACAGUCACACCAUCUUCCUCAACGGUGCGGAGUAUGACAUGGUCAAGGCUGGGGGCUACAAGUACAAGUUUUUGAACUUGAAGCCAAUGACAGUUUACAAAGUGAAGGUUGUCGCACAGCCACAUCAGGUGCCUUGGCAGCUUCCAGUGGAUCAAAGGGACAAAAGGGAAAUCUCUGUGGAGUUCUGCACGCAGUCUGCAGGGCCCCCUCUACCUCCCCAGGAGGUGCAGGUCCAGUGUGGUCAGACUCCUGGGGUCCUGCAGGUCCGAUGGAAGCCGCCCCCUCUGACACCUUCAGGGACCUCCAACGGUGCCAGUGUAAUUGGCUAUGCUGUAUGCACAAAGGGACAAAAGAUAGCGGAGGUCUUGUUCCCCACAGCCGACUAUGUGACCGUGGAUUUAAACAGGAUCCAAGGUCUGGAGGCGAGGGAGGUCAUUGUAAGGACGUUAUCAACCCAAGGCGAGUCCCAGGACUCACCUGUGGCCAUCAUCCCGCACAAUCUCCUGGGCUCUCCGCACCUCUCUCGCAGAGCCACCGCAUCUCCUCAUCCUCUGCCCCACCCAGUGCCGCAGCCCCAUCCGGCCUUUUCCCAGACUCAUCCCCCCUACCCAUCAACAUACCCCGCAAAUCACCCUCAGCCACAGAUGCAGCCUCUGCCGCAGCCCCACACGCUACCCCACGCACAACCACACACGCAGCCUAUUCGCCACCCUCCUUCUCCACAUCCUCAGCAUCAUUUUCAGCGCCACUCCAUGCCCAAGUCAAAACCAUUACUAAGUGCCAGAGAGCCAGAAACCAAAGAUCAUGAGGUGGGCUUACGGACAGCCCAGCCCUGGGAGCGCUCCCCCUCCCCUCUGCCUACCAUGCAUGGAUCCAGUCUGGAGCCACCGCACUUCCCACCCAGGCGUUCUCCCUCUCCUCAGAGGAUCCUGCCGCAGCCUCAGGGAGUCCCUAUCCCCAACACCAUCGCCAAGGCCAUGGCCAGGGAAGCUGCCCAGAGAGCAUUUGCAGAUGGUAACCGGGUUGAGAAAAGGAAUUUCUUCAGUGAGCGAGGGAGUGCCUUGCAUCCAAUCAACUCUGAUGAGGAAGAGGAUGGCUAUGACUCUCCUCAUGCAAGAAGAAGAGGAGCCUCGGUAGAUGAAUUCCUGAGAGGCUCGGAGCUGGGCAGACAGCACUAUCAUCACCACUACAGCCACAGUGAGGAUUACCACACAGAGAGUAGCCGUGGCUCCGACCUAUCUGACAUAAUGGAGGAGGAUGAGGAAGAUCUUUACUCUGAGAUGCAGCUGGAGGAGGGCCGCAGGCGCAGCAUCAACUCUCACAGCACCCUGAAGGUACAAACAUCACUGCAGGCCUGUAGGAGGCAGGUGGUGGAGGAAAUGGGGGUGGUGUGGGGGUAA